AUGACAAAAGUUUGUGGCUUAUGGCGAUCCGUGGCACACUCAACGCCUCAUCUCUGGCGCUCCAUCUGCUUGGACCUCAAGCGGCCCGAUUUCGACUAUUCCCAACUUCUGGCUGCCUGGCUAUCCCGUUCCGGCGGCCUUCCUUUAACUAUCGUGCUGUUGUCUUCUUCCAACAAAUGCGACGUCGCACUCUGCCUCGAAGUGAUCAUCCGGUUCGCACCACGAUGGAAAGAGCUAUGCUUGGCUGGUAGCACCUGCUCUUUGGGUGCACUGAGACACCUUCAGGGAAUAAGAAGCCUGAACACACUAGAGAGCCUGGACAUUGCCGUCCUGAAUACCGGCCAUGCCCUCGCUAACGAGCUCAAAGUCUUUGAAUCGGCGCCCCGUCUCUCGAGGUUUAAUCUCCACACUAUAGGUUUCGACUUUACCUCCGAUCCUGAUCCAUUUCCCUGGAAGCGCCUGACUCGCCUCUCUGUUCUGGGCGGUGCCACGCCUGGGCAAUGUCUCCACAUCCUACAGGAAUGCACACAACUUCGGUGGUGCGAGUUGGUAUUACUGCCUGCCGAUGGCGUUCUGGAUUGUCCCGCCGUCGUGGUUCCGAAUCUGAAAGUCCUUACCAUUCGAGCAAAUUUCCCGGACUUGUUUUUGGAGUGCCUCACUCUGCCUUCACUUCUGUCAUUAUGCGUACGGCCUCGAGAAUUCGGGCCAUUCCCGCAAAUUCAGAACACCGCCCUACAUGCACUUGUGGAAAGGUCCUCCUGCGUUCUAUAUGAUCUGGACCUGGAUAUGUCGUCUAUCUAUGUCUCUGACGUGAUUCAGACCCUUCCACUCAUGCCUGAAUUACGUUGCCUCUCUCUGUCCGCCCGAGACGGAAGCGAGUUGUUCUUCUCCUACAUUACGGACGAACUUUUUGACGCGCUCGCGGCCAAAAGUAACCCUGAUAACUGCUGGACGUGCCUUGUUCCGAAGCUCCGUACGCUCAACGUUGGACCUUGUGGCAGCUCAGUAUCCACCCAUGCGAUCGAGACCAUGCUUGAAUCGCGUCAAGUAUGGGAUCGCUCGCAGAAUUCCGCAAGACACGAAAUACCUUCAUCCCCUACGCUGUGCAACGUGAAGAUUCAUCGCACUUGCGACGACUGUUUCAAUGCAAUGGAGAUAUGGUAUGUCGAGGAGGGGACCAUCCGUAGAUCCCACGUUAGCAAGCCGCGGAAAUUGCAGACGGGGACGCCUUUCCGAUUCUCCUGA